CAGAAACAUGGAGGAAAUUCAGUUCGUGUCCACUAGUACAGUCCAACCAACAAGUGAAUCAACUGAUAAGAGGAUUGAGUUAACUCCAUGGGAUCUCCAGCUUCUCUUACUUGGCCCUAUCCAAAAGGGUCUUCUCUUUCUCAAACCCACACCAUCACAACAACAACAACUACUAGCAAACACCAUAGUUGAUCAUCUCAAGAUCUCAUUCUCUCGCACACUUGAUUUCUUCCCUAUCCUAGCUGGCCGCCUCUGCAUCGUCAAAAAUGACGACGACACCUCCUCCUUCUUCGUAGACUGCAAUAACGCCGGAGCUCAUUUCGUUCACGCUGUCGCUGAGAAUGCCAAUGUCAGCGAUAUCCUCGGUCCUGUGUACGUGCCUCGAAUUGUCCACUCUUUUUUCCCACUCAAUAAUGUCCUUAACUAUGAAGGUAUUUCCAAACCAUUCCUUGCCGUUCAAGUAACCGAGCUCAUCGACGGCCUAUUCAUCGGCUGCACCAUGAAUCACGCAGUCGUUGACGGUUCGUGUUUCUGGCAAUUCCUUAAUUCUUGGUCAGAAAUAUCGCGGGGUUCUGACAAAAUAUCGCGAGUACCGAUGGUCAAGCGUUGGUUUCCGGAUGAAGUCGACGUCCCCAUUCGAAUCCCUUUUUGCGCCGAUGAAAUAAACAAUAAUUUCGUUUUACCAAAAUUAGAAGAAAUGGUUUUUCAUUUCACGAAAGAGAAAAUCGCAGCUCUCAAAGCAAAAGCGAACGCGGAGAUGAGCACCACAACUAUCUCGUCUCUCCAGGCAUUAUUGGCUCAUUUAUGGCGAUCUGUGAUACGCUGCCAAAACAUCAACGACUCUAAUCAAGAGGUGAAAUACGUGUUACUGGUAAGCGCGAGGCCGAGGCUACGACCCUCGUUGCCGGAAGGGUAUUUUGGGAAUACAAUUCAUGCCGAGGUGUUAUGUUCCACUGCGGGAGAGUUGGUGGAGAAGGGACUUGGUUGGGUGGCUUGGCAAAUGAAUAAAGCGAUUGCUUCGCAAACUAACGAAGCGGUUAGGGAUUUCUACCAAAACUGGGUGAAGAAUCCGAAGAUAAUGAAAAGGGGUGUCCUGACAAACGAUGGUUUGGCAACUAGUAGUUCGCCUCGGUUUAAUGUGUAUGGAAAUGACUUUGGUUGGGGAAAGCCGGUGGCGGUGAGAAGUGGCGGUGGAAACAAGAGCGAUGGGAAGAUAACCCUUUUUCCGGGGGCGGAGGAAGGGAGUAUUGACAUUGAAGUUUGCUUGUUGCCUGAGAAGUUGGUUGCUUUGAGGGAUGAUGAAGAGUUCAUGGAAGCUGUCACUAUGUGAUCAAUCUACAGUUUUUUUUUUUUUUUUUUUUUUGGGUCUAGCUGGUCAAUAAAAUUCUCAAUAAAUUACGGUAUCAUUAAAAAUAAUUAG